AUGUCGGAGACGUCCCGCUCCACCGUGGCUGAGAAGUGGAAAGUGCUACACGCUGUCCUCCCAGUGUUCUAUUCUGCUUCGUUGGAACCAAUCGAUGGCGGUGUGAAUCACGGCGAUUCAGGCGCCAUGGGCGACGUUGACAGUGUCCACCUUCAGCAUUCAAUCACGGCUCUUAGGACGGAUCUUAAACUCAAUAUGUUAAGACAAGGUCACAUUGGCACUCAAUGGCUAAUACGAAGUGACAUAGACUUGGAGAGCCUUGCAGGUGGCCUUCAAAUGCUUUUCGAAGUCAUGGAGAAUUUAUUCAAUGAGGACUUUUAUGCCUGGCCGAGAUAUGAGGUCCACAUUGCCUCAGCUGAUGGGAACCCGAACCUAAGGAAAUAUCCAAGACUGAUGUUACUUUGGGAAACUCUUCAGAUGCACGAGAUUGGACACAGAGGUACCAAUGACCAAUCCUACGUUACCUGGAGGCAGAGAUAUAGUCUUGACUCAGUGCGAGAGCUGUCCAGACUUAAAUCCUUCCCCAGGGAUUACGAACGACUCAAAAUGCUGCGCAAAAAUUUCAGUCACUUUCGAUUAGAGAUGGACAAUAUUACAGGUCAACGUAUCCCAAGAUACAGACCCGAGGUCAGAAUAAAUCCCUUCACAACUCUAGACGCACAAACCAUUCAACAAGCUCACGGGAUUGCCGCUGCGUGCGAGUCACUUUUCAUACAGAUAGCGGCCAGUAACGCAUACGGAAAUCAUCACGGAGCGAAGCUUCACCUCCCUGGCUUCAAGAUGGAUCAGCUCAAGUUGGACAUCAGCACAUUUCAGGGAACUGACAUGGUCCCCGCCGUCUUCACAAGAUCCUUCGACCGCCCUCCAAAUGUAACGUUUGACCCCGGAGAUAUCUUCUUCCUCGAGUCUUCCAACCUAAAGCGCUCUGGUAUAUUGCAUUUUGCAUUCAAUGAAGACUUCAUAUGGAUUCAGAAUGCCGGAGGGGAAGUUCCGUCACCAAGCAGUUCUGUAGGUGAAGAAACUCUUGAUCUCCAUCUUGGCAACUUGUAUACCUUUCCGCCUAUGCACCGCAGGAUGACUUCUGUUCUUUUCGCGGCUUCAAUGUUCCAAUUAAGCGACACGCCCUGGAUUGACCCGCGUCUUGACCUCGCACGGGCUUUCCUGCCGAUGCCCAUCGACGAAGACCUCCAACAGUGGUAUCCCAGGAUCUAUUGCAAUUUGGAAUUGGGUCAAACCACGUCGCCACAGAGCGACAAUAUCGCCGCCCUCGGCGUGCUACUCAUGCAAUUAGAGGCUGCUCGCAAGUCCGAAUGGUUGCCCGACGCCGACGAGGACUGGCUUACUGGGCAACGAUCCAAUCAAAUUUCCGCUUGUGUUAAUGUGAAUGACUUCGCGAUUCACUAUGGUAUCGAGCAGCGUCCAAUCAACUACGAGAAAAGCAAAACCUUUGUCCACCCAAACGAAAAAGGCGCAGACAACUGGCGGAAAGACACUUGCGGUCAUGGGACACACGUCACCGAACUCCUUCUUGAAACAGCGCCCGCGGCUGAGAUCUUUGUUGGCAAGAUCAGCACUGACAAGGUAAUCAACCAAGAAUACAUGCCAGGAAUUGCAGAGGCAAUCACCUGGGCUGCGAAUGAAUGCGACGCUGAUAUUAUUUCACUGUCCUUCGGGUAUGAGGAUCACGACGAGCUGAUUGAACAGGCGCUGAAGAAUGCAAUUUCUAAAGGCAAGCUCAUCGUUGCUGCAGCGUCCAACAACGGAGGCUUGAAAGGGCGGUCCAGGCCUGCGCGCCGAGAGGGUGUACUGUGUAUUCACGCCACAGACGGCAAAGGAAACAGUGGUGACAUGAACCCUUCAUCCCUGGAGAGAGGCGAUAAUUUUGCCACCCUCGGUGUCAGCGUCUGUUUCUACAAUGCCCAAGGGGAUCUUUGGAAGUCGGGUACCUCGUUCGCAACACCUAUCGCAGUUGGGUUCGCAGCAGCAGUCCUCGAGUUUGCCAGGUAUAGAGAGACCAUUGGCUUCCCCAUCAAGCGGGGCAACCUCUUGCGGGAGAAGAGGGGUAUGGAGGCUGUUUUCAGAGGGCUCAAUAACGUGGUUCCCAUUCCUGAUGAGCAACGCUACUACGAUAUGACUUCUGAUACCCUUGCGGAUGUUCAACACUCUCGUGAUGGUCAAGGAGGCCUACUUGUCAGCGCACUCGAUGGCAUCAUUGGCGGCAAUGCCAGUCUCCACCGGGGAAGACACGACGGCGACGUAUACAGAAUCGACAACGUGGAAACUACCCACUUCUACCCGGAGGACGACUACUAUGAGAAGUGCCUUCAGCUUCACCAAGUGGAGAGAUUCAACAAGAAGUUCAAGUACAAAAAGCCCAUCUAUCUUAUCACGGGGCUGAAGGUUGCCCACCGUGCAUCCAUCACUAUGGGAAGUGGCCGCCAGACCGGGGGCAAUACAGAGGCCAACGUUCAAGUUCCCACAGUGCCCGUCGACCUGGAAGUUGGGGCUCAGGCUGGAGCAUCCUCUAGCUCUGAGGUUGUGUCUUCCUUCACUAAACCUGACGCCUUCAUUCUUGCCAUCCAAGUCCGAAAGAUCUACCACAAACGCGCGUUCCUUUCCGGCGAAACCAAGCUUGUGACGGAAACGGUGGUCAAAGGCGCUGUCCUCGUCGACGAUGAUGACAUUGAGGACAAGGACGACGAAGCUGAGGUGGUCGGCUAUGAGCUUCAUGAUCUGGAUGAAGAAGACUUGAAAGGUCUCACUCUUCUGAAGGGCGAGGAUGGGGAUGAGGCUUAG